AGUCAUUUUGUGUGUGCCGGCGCGGGCCGGGCCCCAAACCACCCUCCCCGGGGGCUCACCGUGGGACCGGGCCCCUGCGGCCAGCUGGGGCUGAGACCGGACACAACUCAUUGCAGGGGUGGGCAAGAAGUGAGGGGGGGAACCGUGUGAGACCCCCACACACCCCCCCUUGGCCACGGCAGGUGGGGGUUGUGGAACUGGGGCAGCUGCGGCCUGUGGGACCCGCCGCCGACAACCGCCUGGAGCCGGGAGAGCGGCCGGAUCCGGCCCCGGCCGUUACCCUUCGCUGGGCACGAGGACGUGAGGCCCCGGUGUGUCCCCACCAGCUCGGCCACCCUGACCAGGUCCCCCCAUCCGUCCCCAUGGAGUGACCCCGUGCGAGGGUCUCUGCACCGGCGCGGCCCCCCCGGCAGCCAGCCCGGCAGGGAGGGAAGCUGGACGCCACCGCCAAUAUGAGCGACUUCUGGCACAAGCUGGGCUGCUGCGUCGUAGAGAAGCCACAGCCCAAGAAGAGGAGGAGACGAAUCGACCGGUCCAUGAUCGGGGAGCCCAUGAACUUCGUCCAUCUGACGCACAUCGGCUCUGGCGACAUGGCCGCGGGCGAAGGCCUGCCCAUGAGCGGUGCCGUCCAGGAGAUGAGGUCCAAGGGUGGUCGGGAGCGACAGUGGAGCAGCUCCCGUGUCUUGUAGCGUAUUCCUGGCUUUUUCAGCCCAAACUUGAACUGCCUGAUCCCCCAGCCGGAGGAGAAGCCGACCUCGAGCGCUUUCACCCCGCGGUAAUUUAUGCAGAGCCCGGCUCCGGGUGGCGUUUGGUCCCGUGUCACCUCCACCCCCCGGCACAUCCCUCCUCCCCGGAGCCAUCGGUGGGUGACACGGGGUGUGUGGGGGGGACACAGCACCCCCCACCUCCUGCCCCCCCGGGAUUUCAGCCGAAAGGACACGGCCGCUCUCCCGACCCUCCCCAGGAGCCGAGAUGUGCCAAAUCCUCCUGGUUUUCCCUUUUUUUCCACACCGGCGUCUCCCAUGGGCCCCUCGGUGCCGGUGGGUCGCGGUGCCUCGGUUUCCCCCCCCCGGGGGGAUGGCGACGAGGCCGGUGCCGAGGCCGGUGCCGAGGCCGUUUUGGGUGCCCUCUCGGGAAGGCGUUAGAAGAGCAAAACUGGGAUUAAACCCCAACGCUUUGGUGCAAAAACCGGGAUUAAA